AUGACUGCCGGGAAUGGCAAUACAAACAGUAGCCAACACAGACGAGAGCGAAAGCCAACCCAGGCUGUAGUUAAAUCCCACAUCCUGACCCAUUUAAUAGAGGGCUUUGUUAUCCAGGAGGGGGCUGAGCCUUUCCCUGUGGAACGUCCUUCUUUCUCAGUUGAUUGCAUCAGGAGACAUACGUCAGACUCAAGAAUGAAUGGGCUUUCACCAAAGGAUUCGAAGUGUCGACAAGAGCCCAUGCUUACCUGUGAGCUUUGUGGCAAGGUGGACUUUGCAUACGUCUUCAGAAGGUCCAAGAGGUUCUGUUCAACGUUAUGUGCAAAAAGACACAAUGUAGGAUGCACGAAAAGAACAGGACUCUUCCCAAAUCGAAAAUCCACCCCCGAGGACUCGAAGAAAGAAAAAAGACUCAACGAAACCCCCCCAAAUUCUCAUUUGGAGUCUGAAGACAAGAUGUCUUCCUGCACGUGGAAAUCUGUUGGUCACAUGACUCACCCUGCACAAGGAGAAUCCAGCCAAUGUUCAGACUUGGCAGUUUAUACACAGGAUCAACAGUGGGGUCCUCAGGCACAAGGCCCCCAAAUCCCCAGGGACCCCGGCCAGUGGAACGUCGAUGAAGUUUACGUAUUCAUCUGUUCUCUACCAGGUUGUCUGGAGAUCGCAGAGGGCUUUCGUUCACAAGAAAUCGACGGUCAGGCUCUGCUACUCCUAAAGGAGGACCAUCUCAUGGGGACCAUGAACAUCAAACUGGGCCCCGCGCUGAAGAUCGCUGCCCAAAUUGGAAUGCUCAAAGACUUAUAG